AUGCUACCAAACGAGCUCGGGUAUAGCCGAGCAAGGGACUUCCUGAAGGGACUUCUUGGCCAACUGUUUCACGUGGCACGGACGCUCAUAUACGGGGUGCUGACCGAGGCCCGUAAGAUGAGAAUUGAGCCCGAAGUGCUGGUGCCACUGGUUAUGAAGAUGAGAAAAUGCUUCAAUGCCCCGACUUCAAUUAGUUACGAGAAGAAUUUGAAUGCCCUACACACCCUAGAAGCAAUAGAACGAUGCCUGCCGGAUGGUAUCCAAAAGCGAUGGGCGGAUGAGGUGGUGAUUAUCGGCCGUUUAGGGAGGGAACCGAACUUCACCGAACUGACGGAAUUCAUCCGUAAUCGUGCCAAGAUUGCCAGUAGUCGCUUUGGACCACUCGCCAGCAAAAGUAGGCGAGAAGAGAGAAACCACGCCAAGGAACGAACCUACGAUAUCCCGGGAAGCUCUAGAAACGCAAACAACUAUGCAACAGUAGGGGAACGUGGCACACACAGAUGCCUUAUGUGUCGUUCAAAUCACGAGUUAUCCGAAUGUGAGAAAUUUGUACAACUGGGCUUUCCGGACCGUUGGGAAGCAGCCAAGAGGCAUGGCGCGUGA